GUCACGUUGCUCUCGCAUACAAAGACUGGACUCCAGAAGGUGAACUGGGAGAGGAGACUGUCAAGCCCUCUGCGUUUAGAGAACGUUCAACAGUUAGUUGAUGAGAACUUGACUCCAACACCAGCUGCUACUCUUGUCCUAUUUUCUUUGCUGAACAUCAGACAGCCAUGGAGCCAGGACGACCCUCCGUGUGGAGAAAGAAGAGCCUGUUUUGGUUAUGCUCCGUUCUGUGUUCGGCAUCUGGAGGUAAAGGCGACAUGUCCCACGCGCACUUCACUCUGGGUGUUUCGGCCCCCCACCUGUACUACACCUGUCCCGAGGGUGCAACCGUCAAACUGGUGUGUAGCCAGAGAGGUGCCACCUUGCACCCCACCGAUGUCCUGAGGCGUAGCUGGCUUUUCACGCCCCACAGCGAUCAGCGCUGCAUGGGACGGACAGGCCCACGCCAUACUACCGUUGGUCAUUCACAUGGCAACCACAGCUCGCCGUCAGGGUUGCAAUUUGGAUCGGCACAGCAUAACUUCUGGGUGGUUCUGCAGAACGUGACCCACUCUGACCAGGGUCGGUACUGCUGCAUGCUCCUCGACUUCCAGCUGGAACACAAACACGGCGCCCUCGUGCAGAAGCCCCACAGCCACGUCAUUCUCCAAGUUACACCACGGAGAAAUGGGUCUCAAGACUGCACUGUCUGGGAUUCAGCACCAGCUGGAGGCUCUGUGCCAGUGGCCUUGGCCAUAGCAGCCUGCAUCUUGGCCCUGCUUUCUCUGCCUCUUAUUCUGGUGCUGGUGUACAAACAGAGGCAGAGCGCCCAGUCGAGCAGACGUGCACAAGAGCUGGUGAGGAUGGACAGUGAGGCUCAAGGCCAUGAGAACCCUGUGUUCCUUGGGGGAUCGCCGCAGAUUAAGACCCGCACGGUUUCUCAGAUCAUGGCCAGGCAAUCAUCGGAGACAGGACGCCACCUGUUGUCUGAGCCAGGAACCCCCCUUUCUCCUCCCGCACACGGGGAUGUAUUCUUUCCAAUAGAAGACACCAUCCUUGAGUCUCCAGACUUCCUGCAGGUUUAAUGGGGUUGGAACCUCGUUCUUUGCUUGAACUGCUGACCUGGAAAUAGUCCUGCAACUCCUUUCCUCUUCUUUCUGCCUCCAGAGUGACGUUGCCCUUAUCAGCUGUCUCACAAUAACGUCUGCUGGGAUUGUCGUCUGUACAUUGUCCGGACUGCAGGAGGGAACGGACUGCCUUUUUUAAUUCAAAAAUGUUUCACCUGCAACAACAGCUGGAGGCCAAAAGCAAACUUUUGCUUGUGUGCACUUGUGUGUUGUGGCGGGGUUAGGGUUGGUGUGUGAUGUUCCAUCUGCACACUGACAACGACUCCUGGACCAACAGGUGCCAACUGCUUGAGGUGAAUCCAAAGGGCUGAGCGUGGGGGUCCCACCAUUUAAUGUGGUGGUAUGUUAAGAAUGAUUAAACAGUUUCUGUGGACUCAAGGGCUGUUUUCACACUGAAUUUAUUUUGUGCAGUUCAAAUAAACUAGGGAGCUUAGUUUGGUUAAUUUGGGCUGAUGUGCACUUUGUAGUUCAAACCAAAGACCUGCAUUCUUGCUCUGGUUCGGUUGGUUUGUGGUGUGAAUGCAAAGCAGACCAUCAAAAUCGUCAUGUGAAAGAAAGUGUACGGCAAUCAUUAAAAAACCUAACUGUUAAAGUUACAUUUAUGAUCCAAUGAUACAUUUGCUUAUGGUUGUAACCGUCAUGGAAACAAUCUCCCAUAUUAUGACAUUACACCAUGGAAGCAUUGUUGAUAAAUAUUUUUUAUCGUAAACUUGUUUUUUCCCUGUAGUUCUGAUAAUGAAGGAGUUUCUAGUCCUUGUGACAUCAUGUGAACACGUCUCACAUCAGUUGUAUUACGACAGUGGGAACACAAAGUGGGCUGCAACCAAAAGAACCGAACCACCGUAAUGAAGUGCUUGUCAGAGAAGUCUCAAUAUCCUUGUUCACGUUGAGUCAUUUGUUUUCAUGGCAUUACACUGUUCCACCGAAUCAAAUCCACUUGGCCUCCGCUUCUUUUCUCUUCCCUCUUUGCUACCUCAGUUACUGUCAGCUCUGCUGCUCUAAAUACUCUCCUUCCUUCCUGUACUCUCAGUGGCCUUAAAUAUAUAUGCACAGGAGUUUGUGGAAGUAUUUACAAUUCAAAGUUAAUUCAGAAUAAUAUGUUUAUUAUUUACUCUUGAAUGUAUCCUUACAGAUUCUUGUUUAAAACAACAAUCCUUUUUGCUCUGGUAUCAUCUGUCUGGUUUAAAUUCAUAGGAUGUGUAUAUUACUGUUCAUUUCUAAAAAUGUUGUGUGUGCAAUUUUUGUGCGUGCAAUGUUAAAAAGUAAAUACUAUUCAGCACGUGUGGAGGAAUGGCAUUGGAAUGUUAACCAAAUCGUAUCAAGGUCGACUGAGACAAAAUGAGAAGUGAUGGAAAUAGUGUUAAUAAUUAUCAUCAAUAAUUAUAAAUUAGGCUGUGUGUGACUGAGAGGUCACUGGUGUUUUUUUUUUCAUAUUGAGGUUAAAUGUGAAAUCAUUUCCAAAUGAUAUGUAGCAGGUAUAUAGACAGGGUAUCAUGUAUGUUUAUUGAGAUUGAAAUACUUUGAUAAGCAGUCAACCUCACAUGUCUUAUGUUUGAGUAUUUGUGUUUUCAAAUGUGCCUGUAUGUAUGUAUAUAUAUAUAUAUAUAUAUAUAUAUAUAUAUAUAUAUAUAUAUAUAUAUAUAUGUAUGUGUGUGUGUGUGUGUGUGUGUGUACGUGUGUGGUUGUGUGUGCGCAUGCCUGUGUGUGUGUUCUCAAAUUUCGGGUUACAGUGUCAAGAAUAGCUUUACGGUCUGGUUUAAAUGUGUGUUUGUAUACUUGCAUGCCAUUCUGCAUCGGCAUGUAAUUGUGUGUUUUGUACUGUAAAAAGCUUCUAUUAGACAAAUACACAGAGCAAAGCUGCAAAAGCAUAUUGUUUCUGUUUAUUGCAUUGCAAUUGGUUGUAGCUUGUAUAUUAAAGUGGAGCUCUUAAACCUUAAA